CCUGAAACUAAAAUUAAUUGAAAUUAACAAAACAAAUUUGAAUGUGAAUUAAGUUUCUUUUCAUCAAAAACAUAAGAAAAUAUAAAAUUAGAAUUAAAUUUUCUUCAAAUUUUUAUUGCCUUGUCCAGUGUAAAGCAGAUAUCAGCACUCAUGCCAGCUUUCUUGUGUCCUAGGAAUGACAGAAACCUUGCUUGAAGCAGACUAGUAUUUUUGUUGAAAAUGUAUAUUAGCAUCAGUUAAAGUUGAUUUUUUUUUUUUAAGACCUGCUCCUCAGUAAUAAUACUAAAUAUUCAGCAUUUGCACCAACCAGGACACAAAAAUCCUCUUAAAAACUACCCAGCAAAGGAAGACUCAGGAAUGAUGUCUAUUCAGGAGAAAUCAAAAGAAAAUUCCUCCAAAGUUAUUAAAGAAAGUGAAGACAAGCAUUUAAAAAUAGAAAUUCAAGGUUCUCAAAACAAUCUAGCAAAACAGUCAGGUUCAAAGGAAACUAUAAAGUCACUGGUUAAAUCUCCAAAGGAAAGUAAGCUAAAUCAGCCUGAAUUGGGAACCCGCAUGAGUACAAGGUCAGCAAAGGUAGCCUCCUCUGAUAAUAAAAGUAUGUUAACUGUGAAGGGGCAGUCACAAGAAUCUACAAAAAAAAAAUUAUGUCAGAAAAAAAUAGCACAUGAAACCCCUAAAGCAAAUGAGCAGCUUAACCGGAGAUCACAAAGACUACAACAGUUAACUGAGUGUUCAACAAGGUCAUUGCGUAGUAGAGAGAUUCAUGGUCGAGUUCAAGCAGUUAAACGGAGUUUGCCACCAACAAGAAAAGAGCACUGUAACAAUAUUCAAAGUAAAUCUAAUAAAUUUAAAACAAGUCAAAAGCAUGUGAAAAGAAAAGUAAUGGAAAUAAAGUCUGAUUGUAAGGAGGAUGCAAAUUCAGUGGUUGAUGAGGUAAUAAAUUCCCCAAAAGGAAAAAAACGCAAAGUAGAGCAUCAGACUACUUGUAGUUCUCAGUACAUAAAAGGAUCUGAAAAGUGUCUUCAGAAGUCUACUAGAAAAGAAGAAAUAAAACCUGUGCCUGUAACUUCUGAGACAAAAAAAUCAAAAGUGGCUGCUUCAGUGGUAUGUAAAAAGAGUGAAAUGAAGUCAGUUCAUACACAAGUGAAUACUAGCACAAAAUCCCAAAAAAGUCAACAGCCAUCAGUGCCUGAACAAAGUGUAGAUAAUGAGUUGGAGCAAGCAGGAAAGAGCAAACGAGGUAGCAUUCUCCAGCUCUGUGAAGAAAUUGCUGGUGAAAUUGAAUCAGAUACUGUAGAGGUAAAAAAGGAAUCUUCACAAGUGGAAAGUAUAAAGGAGGAGAAACCUACAGAAGCAAAAUUGGAAGAGACUGAUAUUGAAAGACAAAUACUUCAUCAAAAGGAAACAAAUCAGGAUGUGCAGUGUAAUCGUUUCUUUCCUAGUAGAAAAACAAAGCCUGUGAAAUGUAUACUAAAUGGAAUUAACAGCGCAACUAAGAAGAACUCCAACUGGACUAAAAUUAAACUCUCAAAAUUUAACUCUGUGCAGCAAAAUAAAUUGGACUCUCAAACCCCUAAAUUUGGUUUAUUACAAACCAGCUUUUCACCACCAGUUUUAGAAAUGCAUCAUGUAGUGACUCAAAGUGCAUUUUUAGGGACAAAGCCACAUGAUAAAAAUGUAACUUGUGGACAGGAAAAAAUGAAAGAAAUUAAAUCUGAAGAAGUUAAAAUUAACGAUAUUACAGGUGAAAUUAAUAAAACAACAAAAAGGGCUAUUGAAAAUUGUCAGUUGGAUAAUCCGAUAAAAUCUCCUGACCCACUAUUGGAUAAUCAGAUGAAACAUUCUUUUGAGACAAUACCAGAUAAGAAUUUCAGCUUAUGUGUGGAAUCCAAACUGGAAAGCAGUCCAGUAGAAAACACCACUGCUGUUUCAACUCUGCUCAGUCAAGCAAAAAUUGAUGGAGGAGAGAAUAAAUUUCCAGGCUCAGCUCCCAAACAACACAGUAUACUCAAUAAUCAAACAUCUAAGAACAGUGAUAACAGGGAGAUGCCACCAAAUCAUUCUUGGCAUAAGUAUAAUUCCCAUUUGGAGAUAACAAUUCCAAAGGACUUGAAACUGAAAGAAACAGAAAAAGCUGAUGAAAAACAGUUGGUUAUAGAUGCAGGACAAAAAAGAUUUGGAGCAAUGUCCUGUAAUGUUUGUGGAAUGCUUUACACAGCUUCAAAUCCAGAAGAUGAAACUCAGCAUCUGCUUUUCCACAACCAAUUUAUAAGUGCUGUAAAAUAUGUGGGCUGGAAAAAAGAAAGAAUUCUGGCUGAAUACCCCGAUGGCAGGAUAAUAAUGGUUCUUCCUGAAGACCCAAAAUAUGCCCUGAAAAAGGUUGACGAGAUUAGAGAAAUGGUUGAUAAUGACUUAGGUUUCCAACAGGCUCCAUUAAUGUGCUAUUCCAGAACUAAAACACUUCUCUUUAUUUCAAAUGAUAAAAAAGUAGUUGGCUGCCUAAUUGCAGAACAUAUCCAGUGGGGCUACAGAGUUAUAGAAGAGAAACUUCCAGCUACCAGGUCAGAAGAAGAAAAAGUCAGAUUUGAAAGGCAGAAAGCCUGGUGCUGCUCAACAUUGCCAGAGCCUGCAAUAUGUGGGAUCAGUCGAAUAUGGGUGUUCAGCAUGAUGCGGCGGAAGAAAAUAGCUUCUCGCAUGAUUGAAUGCCUAAGGAGUAACUUUAUAUAUGGCUCAUAUUUGAGUAAAGAAGAAAUUGCUUUCUCAGAUCCCACUCCUGAUGGAAAAUUGUUUGCAACACAGUACUGUGGCACUGGUCAAUUUCUGGUAUAUAAUUUUAUUAAUGGACAGAAUACUACUUAAACAAAGCUUGUCUACAGUACUAGAAGACAUCUAUUGAAGAGAAUGGAUUGGUUGCUGACUUUAACCAGGAACUAGGGCCAUUUUUAUUACAAUGAACUCAGGACUGGCAACAACCACUUGGUUGUUCCAUUUUCAUAAAAUUGGAAACAAUGCAGUAAUAGCUUAUUAUUGUUUUGUUUUUUAAAGAAGAUAUUUUAUUAUCUUUUACAGAAAUUUAUGAUUGAUGUAUUUUAUCUAUAGUUAUUUAGACAUGUUUACAUGCAGCAGAUAAUUGUUCAUAGUGGACUGAAAACUAAUGCAAGGACUAUGGUCUCAGUGAUAAGUAUAUUUUGAAGUUCUUAAUAUGGAAAUAUACCAGUGUAGCUUGGUACUGUAUUUUUUUAUAUUGAUCUGCUGAUACCAGUUAUAGGUUUAAAGAUUGUAUUUUCAGAGUGGAAACCAGUGUUUUUCAAUUAUUAUUUAAGGAGGUUGCAGUAUUACGUGUUUAGGAAUUUGAAGCUGAUUCUUAAAAGGCCUCAUGUAUACUUUGAAGAAACCCCUAAAGGAAAAGAAAAUUCCAAAUAGAGAGAAUUUGGAAUAGUGAACUUUUCCUUCCAUUUCUCUUUUCUACCUUUGAUGGAUUGAAUUGUAAGGGGGUAAAAUUUGAGGUUUUCCUACUUUUUAGAGCUAUAAAUGGCUAGAAUUAUGAAGGGUACUUUUUAAGUUCAAUAUUUCAUUCUAGGUAUACCUUCUUUUUUUAAUGGCAACUUUUGCCACAACUGGGCUGUUAACACUCAAAAGGCUUAUAAAAACAUGGAACAGUUGUAAGCUAAAUAUGGAUGACUUGGUAUCUGCUCUGUUAUUCCUCAAAAAUACUGCACUGAGUAUAUGCCCUCGUUACUGGACUUCAUUUUGAUACUUGUCUAUCCUUCAUAGUGCCCUCUACUUUUAAAGGGUUUAUAUGUUGAAAACUGCUGUGGCCUUUUAUGAUCUGUAUAUAAUGUAGAAUAAAAUAAUAAAAUACUUGCUAGUCUUUUCUAAGUGAUAAAUGUACUAAGAAAAUGUUGUUUUGUCAUUUGUGCUUAUUCAGGGAGUUUCUUAGGUUUGAGAUCUUGAAAUAUGAUUAAAAUACUGGGUUCUUAAACUGGUAGUUUUCACCAGUUUCCCAAUGGAUCCUUAUGUUAUCAGCAACUCUGCUGAACUUUAUCUCCAAAAGGAAAAAUCCCUUCUGAUUAUUUUAGUAACAUUGCACUUUUCUGAUCUUUCAAGGAAAUAAAGGGCCAUAGCCCAAGGAUGAAGAAUCA